CUCAUAGAGGUGACCCUCCGUGUAGUUGGACUCCGAGCAGGGAGAAACAGCAGCCGCAGACACAGCUUCACUUUUAGCUAAAAUGGCUGAACCAAUCCGCGUUGUGGUGACCGGUGCUGCUGGCCAGAUUGCCUACUCGCUGCUGUACAGCAUCGCAAAGGGAGAUGUGUUCGGGCAGGACCAGCCCAUCGUCCUGAUCCUGCUGGACAUCCCUCCAAUGCUGCCGGUUCUGGACGGAGUCGUCAUGGAGCUGCAGGACUGCGCCCUCCCACUUCUGAGGGAGGUCAUCCCCACUGACAAGGUGGAGGUGGGCUUCAAGGACAUCGAUGCUGCCAUCCUGGUGGGCUCCAUGCCCAGGAAGGAGGGGAUGGAGAGGAAGGACCUGCUCAAAGCUAACGUGGCCAUCUUUAAGACGCAGGGAGCAGCCCUGGACAAGUACGCCAAGAAGACCGUGAAGGUUUUGGUGGUUGGAAACCCAGCAAACACCAACUGUCUGAUUGCCUCCAAGUCUGCUCCAUCCAUCCCCAAAGAGAACUUCUCCUGCCUGACCCGACUGGACCACAACAGAGCACGCUCCCAGGUGGCCAUGCGCUGCGGCGUGUCCUCUGACAGUGUGAAGAACGUCAUCAUCUGGGGGAACCACUCCUCCACUCAGUACCCUGACGUCCACCACGCCAUGGUGGACCUCCACGGCAGCGAGAAGCCAGCCUAUGACGCUGUGAAGGAUGACACCUGGCUCAGAGGAGACUUCAUCUCUACGGUGCAGCAGCGAGGCGCUGCAGUCAUCAAGGCCAGGAAGCUGUCCAGCGCCAUGUCUGCUGCCAAGGCCAUCUGUGACCACAUGAGGGACAUCUGGUUUGGCACCAAGGAGGGGGAGUUCAUCUCCAUGGGAGUGUUUGCUGCAGGAAACUCCUACGGCAUCCCAGAAGACCUCAUUUACUCCUUCCCUGUUCAGAUCAAGAACAAGACCUGGAAGAUCGUGGGUGGACUCCCUAUUAAUGACUUCUCCCGAGCCAAGAUGGACGCCACGGCGGCCGAGCUGGUUGAGGAGCGAGACACCGCCCUGAACUUCCUGUCUCAGUGACUAUCUCCAGGCCACCAGCAGCUACUAGAUCCUCCAAAGAGCCGCUGCUCUCGGCUGUGAACGCGAUGCCCUCCACUCAGAUCCAUCUGAGCUGGUGUUUGUGUGUCACCUUUGUGUGUGUGUGUGCGUGCUUUCAUCAGUGUGUGUCGCAGGUCACUUCUUCAGGUUUACUGACAACCUCCACCACCUGGCCUCUUGUGUCUGUAAGAUACUGAGACGUAUCGUUGGGUAAAUGAAAACGCACACAAACUGUACCAGAACCUGUUCUCUUCAGUAAAACUACCAAAACUCACA